AUGGGGCGCAUUUCGGAGCAAGAUCUGAGAGCUGUUAACUUUGCCGACAAGAUAGAAGGACAAAAGCUGAACGGAAGCCUGAUAAGAGAAAUACAAGUGGAUUCGGAAAGUUCCUGUCAGUUUGAGUGUGUGAAUGAGGAGCGAUGUCAGUCUUACAACUUUGGAACCGUGAAGGACGAAUUAGAGAAAUUCAAGUGCCAACUAAGUGACUCUGAUCGAUUUGCUGUAAUUUCCAACCUCACUGAGGAUAAUAAUUUCACAUACAGGGGAAUAAAGAGUGAAAACGCUGUUAAGUGUUUAACGAGUAUCACUGGCACUGUUCGCUAUAAUGCCACCCGAAAGGCCUGGGAAUGGUGUAAUGGUAAAGUUUGGCAACCAGGGAUUGGUUUGGACGCUACUGACCCAGGACGUCACUGUCUCGAUAUUUUAAAGUCAGGUCAAAGUCGUGGUAGCGGGCUUUACUGGAUCGAUCCAAACGGUGGUUUAAGAAAUGACUCUUACCAGGCUUUUUGCGAUAUGGAGACCAGUGGUGGAGGCUGGACACUAAUUUCCACGAAAGUGUCUCCAAGCUUCCACUUUAUUAAGACAGCCUUCCUAGCAUCAGCAGCAAGAACCACGGACGCAGAUGCAUCGAGUCACAUCCACCCUGACAUGGUGGACUGGGAAGAAGUCCUGUUUCGGUUCAGUGACGUCAAUACCAUUCGGGUUAUUUAUAACAGGAAGGCAGGCGCUCCAAAUGAGGACAAAACUUACUUCGACAAGUUCUUGAUGGGGAACACUUGCAAUCAGGCGAGGAUCAUCCACGGUUUUUACAAGUACAGCCCAGCAGAUGAAAACAAGAGGAAUCCCUCUUCUGGUUUUGCUUCAAUAUCAUAUUUGCACUUCGCAUCAAACCACGGGAUAUCUGAAAGCCACGGUGGCACAGACAAGUGGAUUGACAUGUGGAAUUCUGCUGACAGCUCAAACAACUACAACACUUCCGACGACGGCAGCGCUCUUGGUACCAAGUGUAUUGCGGGCUACUGUUAACUGACCAAACCAAUCUGGGUCAUGGUAAGAUAGGAAAAAAGAAAAACAGCAGUUGAAAACUAAGAAAAGGUGCUGUCAAGUUUAUGUAAGGUGAUGGGAUUUAAACGAUUAUUCUAUGCUGCGACAACUAACCAACUAACGUUUUUGUACAAGUAAUACGAGCUGCUUAAAGUCUUGAUAUUAGGUCAGUCAUUGGAGAGGAUUAUCAUCAUCUUGGUGUAAUUGCUUGAAAUAAAUUUUA